GAUCCAAGGCUGCUGAAAGUCCUUUACUCCUGCCAGCCGACGCGUUCGCUAGCAGCCGCGUUCAGAGGACCGCAGCGGCGGCAGCGCAGACACAGACGAGGGGAGCGAAAGUGCGCCUCUGCGCGCGGCAAGCAGCGCCUCGAGCAGCAGCGCUGCAGUCGGACGGGGCGCGACCCAUGGGGCGGACCCUCGAUGGCACUGCUCCCGCAUGAUGACGCUGUGGCGGCGCGUGGCCUGGUGCCCAGGGCGACCCUCGCCGUGGCCCUGCUCGCCAUCGCCCUCGUCCACCCCACUACCGUCGUCGAGGCCCAGCCGUCGCUGCCCAGCGCGCUACGCGGCUUCCGCCGCGACACGGCGCCGUACAAAGGGUUCACGGGCAUCAGGGCGCGCGGCGACUCGGCCAGGAGGGUGUUCUUCCACGACCAGACCAUCGCCGUCGUGGAGGUGUCCAUGGACUACAACUCCAUGGAGCUGCAGAACUGCGAACUCAUCGAGGUCAAGUGAGUACAAACGGGGAGAACACAC